AUGAGAUUAGUUAUGGAUGCGGCUUCUGCAGCUUCGAAAUAUCGAAAACAUCAGAAUAAUGAUAACACAAGUUCUGGUGGAAACUGCCCAGAUUUUGCCAUUCAAAGUUGUUCAGGUUAUGAACUUUUUUCUUUAGAAGUUGCAGGACCAUCACAUAAAGACCAAACGAAAUUUAGUAAUGAUAGCAUCAAAUUGGAUCGCUUGAUGCAAAACAGUUUGAAUUAUAUUUUUUCUAAAGAACUGGAACUGGGGUGCCCAGCACCAAAAAAGUUACAAAUUUUUGGUGCAUCAACCAAGAAAUAUGAAAUUACAUUCAAAAAAUUGAUUAGGGUUGGCAAAUAUGUUAUUUUAAAGCGCAUGUUUAUUGCAGAAAUCCCAACCACGAUUGCUGAUUAUUCGAAACUUAGAGACUUGAUUAAAAAAAUGAUAAUUCUUUGU